UUUAUUUUACAGUUUAACAAUAAUGCUCAGAACGUCAGUUGCUUUAAUCAUCUUGUCCAAGCUAAUGUGAGGAACAAGAAGAAGCUGAAAGAAGCUGUCUAUAAAAUCUCUGCUAAAGGAAUCACAGAUUACAAAAAAGGCUUUAGCUAUGCUUUUGAACAGCUGCUAAAUCACAGUGUCUCUAGAGCUAACUGCAAUAAGAUUAUUAUGUUGUUUACGGAUGGCGGUGAAGAAAGAGCACAAGAAAUUUUCCAUAAAUAUAAUGAAGACAAAAAGGUACGUGUGUUCACAUUUUCUGUUGGUCAACAUAAUUAUGACAAAGGACCCAUACAGUGGAUGGCCUGUGAAAAUAAAGGUUAUUAUUAUGAAAUUCCGUCCAUUGGAGCCAUAAGAAUAAACACCCAGGAAUAUCUGGAUGUUUUGGGAAGACCAAUGGUUUUAGCUGGAGAGAAAGCCAAACAAGUCCAAUGGACAAAUGUCUACCUGGAUGCUCUGGAGCUGGGCCUUGUGAUUACAGGAACUCUACCUGUCUUCAAUCUAACAAAGGAACAAAAUGGGAAAAUAAAUCAGCUGAUUCUUGGAGUAAUGGGGGUUGAUGUUUCUUUGGAGGACAUAAAAAAACUGACACCCCGCUUUACGCUUUGUCCAAAUGGAUAUUAUUUUGCAAUUGAUCCUAAUGGGUAUGUGCUACUUCAUCCAAAUCUCCAACCAAAGCAAAUUGGUGUGGGCAUACCAAAAGUUAAAUUGAGAAAAAGGAGACCCAAUGUACAGAAUCCUAAAUCCCAGGAGCCCGUUACGCUGGAUUUUCUAGAUGCUGAAUUGGAAAAUGAUAUUAAAGUUGAGAUUCGGAAAAAAAUGAUAGAUGGAGAAAGUGGAGAAAAAACAUUUGAAACACUGGUCAAGUCCCAAGAUGAGAGAUAUAUUGAUAAAGGAAACAGAACAUAUACAUGGACUGCUGUGAAUGGCACUGAUUACAGUUUGGCAUUGGUAUUACCAUCAUACAGCUUUUAUUAUAUUAAAGCCAAAAUAGAAGAACCAAUAACUCAAGCCAGAUAUUCAGAAACACUGAAGCUUGAUCAUUUUGAUGAAGCUGGCUAUACGUUUAUAGCACCGAGAGAAUACUGUAAUGAUGUAAAAAAAUCAGAAAACAACACUGAAUUUCUGUUAAAUUUCAAUGAAUUUAUUGACAGAAAUACUCCAAGCAGUCCGUCAUGUAAUACUGAUAUGGUCAUUAGAGUUUUGCUGGAUGCAGGAUUUACAAAUGAACUUGCACAAAAUUAUUGGAGUAAACUGUCUCUUGACGGUGUUGUUGCACAAUUUGUUGUUACGGAUGGUGGGAUUACUAGAGUGUUCCCAAAAAGGGCAGGAGAAGAUUGGUUGGAAAAUGCUGAAACUUAUGAAGUCAGCUUCUAUAAAAGGAGUUUAGAUAAUGACAACUAUAUUUUCACAGCUCCGUACUACAACAAAAGUGGUGCCAAUAGCUAUGAAACAGGUAUUAUGGUAAGCAAGGCUGUGGAAAUAACAAUUAAUGGGAAACUUCUGAAACCAGCAGUUGUUGGAAUAAAAAUUGAUGCAACUAGCUGGAUGGAAAAUUUCACAAAAACCACAAUCAAGAGCCUGUGCAACAGUGAAAUCUGUGGCUGUGAGAGAAACAGUAUGCAUGUGGACUGUGUUAUCCUGGACGAUGGUGGAUUUCUUUUGAUGUCAAAUCGGGAUGAAUAUACACAACAGAUUGGAAGAUUCUUUGGUGAAAUCGAUCCUGGCCUGAUGCGAAACCUGAUUAACAUGUCCUUGUAUGCCUUUAACAAGUCGUAUGACUAUCAAUCAGUCUGCGAUCCCGAAGAAGAACCAAAGCAAGGAGCUGGACUUCGUUCUGCUUAUGUGCCUACGAUAACAGAUAUUUUGCAUCUAGGAUGGUGGGCUUCGGCAGCUGCCUGGUCUAUCUUACAGCAGCUGUUUUUGAGCUUGACUUUUCCACGUUUUCUUGAAGCAGCUGAUAUGGAAGAUGAUGAUUUCAGUGCCGCCCUGCCUAAAACAAGCUGUAUCACUGAGCAAACUCAGUAUUUCUUUGAAAAUGAUGAUAAAUCCUUUGGUGGGAUUGUAGACUGUAUAAACUGCUCCAGACUUUAUCAUGCAGAGAAGAUUUCAAACACCAAUCUAGUAUUCAUUAUUAGUGACAGCCAACUGCUGUGCCGCUCCUGUGACCCAAAGCCACUGAUGCAAGCGGAGAAGCCGGAUGAAGGGCCAAAUCCUUGUGAAAUGGUCAAACAACCUAGGUACAGAAAGGGUCCUGAUGUCUGUUUUGAUGAAGCCAAACAGGAAGAUUCGGCCGACUGCGGUGGUGUCUCUGGUCUGAGUCCAUCACUGUGGUCUAUGGUAGGAAUUCAGUUGGUUCUGCUUUGGCUGUUAUCUGGCAGCAGACACUGCCAGUUAUGACCUUGCUAAACCAAAACCUGCAUAACUUAAUCAAGACCUGGCCAAAACGAUAGCCUCAGUUUCAUUUUAAAAAGGGUCAGCUAUUCAGACAGCAGCAGAACAGCAGUGCUCGUGUCUGGUUAUCACUCAUUGUGAGACUCAUAAAGGCACCCACAGUGGCUGCAUGUUGGAGUGUCAGAUCCUUAAACGUGUGUGAAUGCUGCAUCAUCUAUGCCAUCCAAACAGAAUUCUGUAUGUGCUCCAUUGGGGAAUCUAAGAUUUUUUUUUUUAUUAUUUAUUUGUUUGUUGUUGUAAUCUUGACUUCAUGUAAAAGGGCUCCCCUGAUAAUAGCUUAUGUAUAUGAUUUUCAUUUCUUUUAAGCUUUGGAUAUCUUGAAGAUUUAUAUUCUUUUACAUGAACAGUUAUUUAAAA